GUUAGGUACAACUUACGGAGGACCGAGUCGUCCCAGCAUCCAACGCAGCUGUUCACGAUAACUAAGAUUCUCGCGGCCUGAGGUACAUCUAUCUCUUAGGCAAAGACCACGGACUCCCCGAUGGACGAACGAACACUACUAUGGGCAGGCGUUGCUAUCUGUGCCGGUAUCAUCACCUACCUUAGUCUGAGCCAGCGACAAAAGGACGUGAUUUUCAGACGGUUGACGUUACGUGGCCGUCGAGCAUCAAGCGCAACCACACCCCCUCGGUCACUCUCCCCAGACAAGAAGGAUCCCAGCAAUGCCCCUCCCAAAUCGUCCGAAUAUGUCAACACCUUUCCACCUCUACUCAGGGAGAACCUCGAGCAAGUCGCUGCCAGCCUGCCAGAUGACCAAUGCGAAGCCAUGGGCGACCUCAGCUUCGACGAGGCGAACUGGUCGAAAUCUGUUCUAGGCUGGGAAGAGGACUUCCGCAAGGCUGACCCCAAGAAGUACGUUUACACCGGCAUGAAGGUGCAAGAAGUCAGAGGCCUGGGCGAUUUCCCCGACUACUCGACUCUGAGCGGUGUUCCGAUGCCAGAACCAUAUCCCGAACACGACGUCGACAAGGCUCUUCCCAGGCCAUACCGUCCUUUCAGAUGGGCCUAUCACCAGACUAUGUCACUGACCAAGCUCGAACCAAACUGGUGGCUCGAAGUAGAAAGCACGUAUAAAGAACGCAUCGCCCAACGGAAAGGCUUGUACGCCGAGCACGGCGAAGCCGUCCUGCAAUGGUUGCCAGGCUCCGAGUUGGCAUGCAAAGAGCUAAUGGAGAUGGUCCUCCAAUUCCUUUGCGCACGCUACCCACAACAUUUCGAAUUACACUCGGACAAAAGGACGUUUGAGAACAAAAUCCUCGGCACCAAGCAGGACGUCAAGGCCAAACACCCACUUCUGGUCCUGCUGGACAAUGUCCCCGAGGAUUUUGCCAUUACGCUACGCAAUCCGGAAACGGGCUACUACUAUUUCCGCGCGGGCAUAAUCUGCUCGGCGCUGGGGUGGAACGUGGGCACCAAGAUCGGCAUGAACUUGGACCAGAUUCAUGCACCCAUUCCGGACUACAAGGAGAAGAUGCAGUUUAGUAUGGAUCGAUUCUUCACAAAAAUGCCUGCAGGCAAACCGAUCCAACGAGGUUCUUGGGGUCUCGAGAUCGAUCAACCACUGUACAUGCCUCCAGGGGACCCGCACGAGAAGUACCGCGACUUCCAGAUGCCGGACCUCGAGCGCGACCGCGUCCAUCUGCGCGUGGACUGGCAGACACUCCGACGACUGCCGCUCUCUGGUGGAAUCGUAUUCAACUUCAAAGCGCUUUUCACGCCGCUUACCGAGUUUCGGGAUGAACCGUACAUUCCUAGUUUGAUUCUCAAGAUCAUGAAGGACGGCAAAGAAAACCUCAUGAAGUACAAGAACACGUGGCAUGUGGAGCACGAGGUUCUGCCGGCGUUGAGGGAGUACGAGGCUGAACAACUUGCCAAGGGGAUUGUUGAGAAGGACUGGCAGCACCAUACGCUUGAUGAGAGUCCGUAUUUCCCGGGGUGGAGGGAGAAGUGGGAGAGGAAGCAAGGGUUUGCGCCGAAGGACUACUAGUAAGUAAGUUGGACGCUUUCUGCAGCAUUCAGUGAACAUGAAUUGCAUCCGCAGGUUGGUUGUGUCAUCGGCCCUCAGGAUUCGGCCGUCGGCCAAGGUUGGGUACGAUGCAGACCCAGGCGGCUUGCUAUGUCAAGUCGAAUUCGAUAGAAUAGGAUCAAAAGUGGCGUAGAUGAUACUGUGACACGUUUUUUGCCCUGAUGCAGCUAUUGUGAAGCCAUGGAACAUCUUGUCGAGCAGGUAAAGGUAAGUCGUGGCGGAGAGAGGAUGUCUCUCAUGCUGUUUGUGAUACACCAGUUCCGAGCCUCUUGAGCGUUGGCAUCGAACAAUUGGCAUGGUGUUGCAUUAUACCUCUCGCAAAUUGGCAGUGCGUCUUAUCAUUCAAAACAA